UGCGAGCCAGCCUCAUCCCUGUUGGCCGCGUGGCUGUGCAUCCCGGCUGUUGCCGAUAAAGUUGUUUGAAGCCGAGCCGGCGGCGAGUCACGUGAACGGAAGAUGGCGGCCCCGGCAGGCGGCGGAGGCUCCGCGGUGUCGGUGCUGGCUCCGAACGGGCGGCGCCACACAGUGAAGGUGACACCCAGCACCGUAUUACUGCAGGUUCUGGAAGACACGUGCCGGCGGCAGGACUUCAACCCCAGUGAAUACGAUCUGAAGUUUCAGAGGAACGUGCUUGACCUCUCUCUCCAGUGGAGAUUUGCCAACCUGCCCAACAAUGCCAAACUGGAGAUGGUGCCUGUCUCCCGGAGCCGCGAGGGGCCUGAGAACAUAGUUCGCAUUGCUUUGCAGCUGGACGAUGGCUCUAGGUUGCAGGGUGCUUUCUGUUCAGGCCAGACCCUCUGGGAGCUUCUCAACCAUUUUGCACAAACCAGGGAGUGUCUGCAGCAGCCGGGUGGGGCAACCCCUGUCUGUGUGUACAUGAGGGAUGAGGUGAUGGGUGGUACUACGCUGCGGGGCACCACGCUACAGUCACUGGGACUCACUGGGGGCAGUGCCACGAUCAGGUUUGUCAUGAAGCACUGUGACUCCAACUCUGUGGGCAGGCAGGAGCCUGGGGGUGCCAGGAGCAAAACCCCAGGAAGCCCAGCCACCUCUGCAUCAGCUGAGCAGGCAACUGGCCUCCCUCCACUUCCACUGGAUUCAGGGGAGCUAAGCAGAGGUGACCUGGGCCGUCAGGAUGAUGCAGGCACCUCAAGGACGAGCUGCGUGGAUGACCUGGGCCAAAAGCCAGUGGAUGCUCCAGCAGAGCAGAGUGUGAAGGCGCCCAUGCCUACCUCCUUUGUUCCUUUCUCUGGUGGGGGACAGCGACUAGGGGGUCCUUCCGGGCCCAUGAGUUCUCUGCUGUCACCUUCAGCCAAAUUACCGAUGUCCUUCUCCAGCCCAGGAGGCCCCUCUGAGCCAAAGAAGUCCAAGUCUGGCCAGGAACCCCAGCCAGAGCCAGAGUCGCCCAUGGACCGAGACCCUGUGGUGUGCCACCCUGACCUGGAGGAGCUGUUCCAGGCUUGGCCGGCAGAAUUGCCCGACGAGUUCUAUGAGGUGACAGUGGACGAUGUGAGAAGACGCUUGGCCCAGCUCAAGAGUGAGCGGAAGCGCCUGGAAGAAGCCCCCUUGGUGACCAAGGCCUUCAGGGAAGCUCAGAUGAAGGAGAAGCUGGAGCGCUAUCCGAAGGUGGUUGUGAGGAUCCUUUUCCCUGACCGUUACAUCCUGCAGGGAUUCUUCCGUCCCAGUGAGACAGUGGGGGAUUUGCGCGACUUCGUGAGAAGCCACCUGGGGAACCCUGAGCUGUCAUUCCACCUGUUCAUUGCCCCUCCAAAAACCAUCCUGGACAAUGCCAAGCUGACUCUCUUUCAGGCCAACCUCUUCCCAGCCGCCCUCGUGCACUUUGGAGCCGAGGAGCCAGCAGAUCUCUACUUGGAGCCCAGGCUGCUCGAACACACUGUCUCCCCAUCUGCAGCUGAUGUGCUAGUAGCCAGAUGCAUGUCCAGGGCUGCUGGGUCCUCAUUGCCAGCCUCUGAGCCUGCACCCCUCGAGUCAGAACCGUCUGCAGAAGAUGAAACACCAGGCCCUGAUGAGCCUGUCCCAGGGAUGGCCCGGCCUGUGAGGAGUCUGGGCAAGGUGCCCAAGUGGCUGCAGCUCCCAGCCAGCAAGAGGUGAGAGCUGCCAGCAGAGGUGUGACGCCAAAUAAAGACGCGUGCUUCUCAAGA